AUGGCUGCACAAUACGGUGUUAGUCAGAAAAAGGAUGGGUCACUUCGCGUAUGCCUUGAUUUUCGCCCUUUGAACAAGAUCACCAUACCAGACCGCUACCCCCUCCCGCGAAUCGAAGAUCUCUUGGAGCGCGUAGCAGGAAAACGUUUCUACACCUCUUUCGACCUCGCGUCAGGAUACAUGCAGUUGCUGCUCUCCCCGGAAAGCCAAGCAAAGUGCGGCUGGGCCACUCACCGAGGGGUUAACCAAUUUGUAUACCUCCCUUUUAGCUCACGCAACGCCGGCGCAUACUUUUGCAGGGCUAUGUCACGAACCCUGGCCGGCCUAGACGAUAAUUGUCUGGCAUACCUAGACGACAUAAUCGUGUUCGAUAAUGAUUUUGACACACAUCUUUGUUCUUUGCGCAAGGUGUUGGACCGCUUCCGCACGUUUAAUAUUAAAGUAUCCGGGAAGAAAUUAACAAGCAUUGCCCAGUCUAAAAUAACCUUCCUCGGACACGAGAUCUCAGGAUCAUUAUAUAGUCCAGCUGAACGUAACCUCUCCGCUAUUCGAAACUUACCGGCACCCACAUCGGUGCAGUCAAAAGCUUCCUGGGUAUGGUCAACUUCUUUCGUAAAUUCGCGAAGGACUUUGCUUGCAGCACCAUUUUACGCGCUCUGCAAAGAUAAAACCUCAUUCAAGUGGGACACACCUCAAGCUACUGCAUUCGCUCGGUUAAAAGAAGUUUUGACCAGCCGCCCGUGCUCAGCAUUUCCCCAGGACAAGAAAUUUAUCCUCCAUACGGAUGGCAGUAAGGUAGCGGUGGGAGCGGCCCUCCUCCAGCAACAGGACCCCGAUUUGCUACCGAAGGUGAUCGGAUACUUUAGCAAGACCUUGUCCCCUUCUCAACAAAAAUGGAGCCCAACCUACAUCGAGCUCUUUGCCAUGAUUAGCGCCCUUCGUUUCUUCCGCGCAACCAUAUACGGAAAUCAUACGCGCGUACUCUGUGACCAUCAACCUCUACCGUUCCUUCUCCGCCACAGAAAGCCGCAGGACCACAUGGCUCGCUGGGUGGUAAAGCUACAAAGUUUCGACAUCACUAUUGAGUACCAGAAGGGAUCGUCAAACGUACUUGCGGACCACCUCAGUCGCAAUUCUGACCCGACUAAUCACUUCACGGACGGCACAUCUGAAAGCGAAGACAUUGUAGAAUUCCCUCGAUGUCUCCUACAGCGCAUAGAGCAGCCUCACGCCCCCCGAUCAGCAACGGAACCACCGUUGACUCCACCACUCUUCGUUCGUCCGUACGAUGCCCUGCUCGCCCAAAAAGAAGACCCCCUAUGCAGCGCCAUAAUGCAUUUUCUAGAGACGGGAUCCUUUCCUGAUCGCACACCACCGGAAAUACAGGAUACCGCUCGGGAUCUAGCGGACAGAUGCCUUCUUAAGAACAACGGGUGCCUCUAUUUUGUCGACCCACUUCGUUCUCCCUCUUCUGCUGCAAUCUUCGUCCCAACUAAAUUACGCGAGCCCAUUUGCGUGGCCCUCUACGACAGUCCUACAGCAGGAGGCCAUUUCGGAUGGAAGAAAACAUUGGCCAAAAUAACACGCCGUUUUUUCUGGCCCACCCUUAAGGAAGACGUUUAUAGGUUUGUCUGUUCAUGCAAGGCAUGUCAACGCAAACGACCCCAUCCUACGGCUCGCGAGAUCCUCAUCCCUAUCCACGCAGGCGCAAUUUUCGACAAGGUCUACUUGGACCUCAGCGGCCCAUACCAUCCAACCCCCAGGCACAACAAAUACAUCAUCUGCCUUAUCGAUCACUUUUCGAGAUUCGUCAUUGCCGCACCCCUACCGGACUGCACAGCAGUAACGGUCGCGCACGCUAUUAUGAACCACUGCAUUUUGGUUUUCGGCGCUAUGACCACCUUGAUAACCGACAACGCCUCCUAUUUCAAGGGUGACCUCCUCACAGAACUCGGCCGGCUCUUGCUCAUAGGACGAUACUUCACCACCCCAUACCACCACGAGGGGAACGGAGUCUGCGAACGAGUCUUUGCCACAUUCCAAGAAAUGCUACGAACUUACAUCCGGGCAAACCAAUCCGACAAGGACCUCUUUUACCAGCGUGCGUACUCGCCUACAAUACUUCUAUCCAUGGCAGCACCGGCGAGUCUCCCUUCUUCCUAGUGUUUGGCCGGGAUCCGUCCUUAACAUCGAUCUACUAAUCAGGUACAAAACCGAGAGACAUGUCCCAUCGGACAUGGAUCCCUCCCUGUACAAAAGCUCCCUGGUGGAAGCCCUACACUCAGCAUGGGCUCUAGCCGCCGAAUUUAACCGCAAGCGCAGCGCAGAUAUGAAACGCCAAUAUGACAAGCACCACUUGCCCCCUCUUGAUAUGAAGGUAGGAGACCGCGUCUACUUACGCGAUCUAGCUCCCAAACCGGGUUUAUCGCCUAAGCUGUGUUGCCCUUGGACCGAACAAUUCCGGGUGAUCGCUGUCAAUCACCCCCAUAUCACCAUUGAGAGUAUCACAUCUCCACAAUCCAAGCCCAAGAAGAACCAGAAGUCAAUGCGCUAUCCUCAGUGAAAGCGCAGCUGACAUCUAUCCCCGGAUAUUCUCACAUCGCACCACAUCGAACCCAAUUUGAUACUGUAUUACAAAAACCAGUAAUCACGCGUCCGCAGAAUACACGUUUCAGGUGCCGUCUCUCUUCAUGCUGAACCAAUGGAUCAUCUCGAGGACCGCCAACCAUUUUUUUUACCUCUACGCUCUUUUAUAUCCCCCUCCUCUCAUUUUUCUCUCAUUCUUCUACACCGUCCCAUCUAUCUAUUAUGACCUUUUCCUCGUUUAUUGGGCAUGGCCCUCGCUUGAAUACUCGCGCCGCCGGAUACCGUUAACACGAAUACUACCGCCUUCGUUAUAGAAGGUGAGUUACUCUUCGAUUUCACGCUGGCUCCAGACUACGAAUUCUCUAUCACACUUCCAGAGGCACGACGUCCGAUACGAAAGCAGACACCGCAACCUCCGCGAAGGCUCGCCCAAGUUCGUCCGCCGAACCCUCACGGCCGUCAGGUUUGUCUUUCGACGACUAUUCACUAACAGAUACCACCCCUAGCCUAACGUCUCUUCCAGUGCCGUCGACAAGUCUUCAACACCUAUCUUUGACCACGAGCAGCCGCAAGUCCCAAACCGAUGAAACAUCCGCCACGCCAUCGACUUCUGUCCAGAGCUGCCGCCGUGCAGACGCUUUCACAGCA